AUGUCCGCACGCCCAGAAUUCCAAGCUACGACGUCUUCUACCAUCGAACGUGAGGAUCCCGAGCGGGCUCCCGCAGAGGCCAAACAGCUCGAUCAGCUGCUCGACGUGGGCAAUAAGAUCAUAGACCAGGCCCUCGACAUGAUAGAAAACUCGUUGAGUUCAGACGACCAACUCACACACUCGUCAAAGUUCUUGCCGGGAUCGACAAUAGGAAAGCACUUGCGCCAUGCACGCGACCACUUCGCCCUUCUCCUUGACUGCAUCGCGGCGCCUCCCCCUUACGUCCUCAACUAUGACAAGCGUUCAAGGAACACGCCCAUGGAAACAGGGCUAGGAGCAGCACGCGACGCCCUCGAGGACACCAAACAGCGCCUCGCUGACCUCAUCCCCAACAUGCAGCUCAACGCUCCGCUCACACUGAAUGCCGUAACGCCGUACGAACAAACGUUCCAGUCCACUGUCGGUCGUGAGCUCUGGUUCGCGGGACUGCAUGCAAUCCAUCAUUGGUCCAUGGUUCGUGUCAUUGCCGGAGAACUUGGCGUUGAACUGGAUGACCACUUUGGUUAUGCCCCAUCAACGCUUGUGGCGAAGGGCAUGGCCAGCAAGAUGUGA